UCACCGCCUGUGUCCCUAUUGGACACAAUAAAUCGUCAUGUUUUGGACUUUGAUUUUGAAAGCUCUGCUCAGUGUCAUUAUCAGAAUUAAUGUGUACGCUUGUCUAGUGUGCGGAAAAUAUUUCCAAGGUAGAGGAAUGAACACUCAUGCCUAUACUCACAGCGUGGCCGAAAGCCAUCAUGUCUUCCUGAAUCUUCUAACACUGAAAUUCUAUUGCUUACCUGAUAAUUACGAAAUUGUUGGUGAGUAAAGAACGCAA